AUGGGCGUGCUGCCCACCAAGAAGAGCCUGGUGCAGCUCGAGAAGCUGCCCACCAGCGCCUUCUGCCGCCGCCGCCUCGCGGUCGUCAUGGUGCGCCUCAAGAUGUGCGAGACCGUCAAGGAGGCCGCCACCUUCGUCGAGCAGGGCCACGUGCGCGUGGGGCCCAACACUGUGACGGACCCUGCGUUCCACGUCACCAGCGCCAUGGAGGACUUCUUGUCGUGGGCGGACACGUCCAAGAUCAAGCGCAAGGUCAUGCAGUACAACGACGCGCUGGACGACUACGACCUGCUGCAGUAG